ACACGGUUGGUCUAUACGCUGCAACCAUCAUAGCUGGCGUAGCCAGCUGCUGGUGUCUGUGCGCGCGGAUCGGAUGUCGUGCCUCUGAUCGCGGUACGGUUCAUAGCCGUGCAACAGCUCACAAGAGCAUUAUAGUUAUGCUUCGCCACACGAGCCGGUAGAGAAGACGCCCGUCCGGACAGCAUUUCUUUCCGUCCCAGGGAGAAAAAGCCUAAAAAGCGAGGCUUAAUAAUAACGCGCAAUGAGGACGCCGUGGUCGCCAUCACUACUUCUAGCCUGGUUAACGAUCGGCCAGCAACAAUUCUCGAUGUGCAGAGCCAGGACAAGCUCAUCUUCAUCUCAUCAGGCGUGGUCUGACUGGAAUUUCUGGUCACCAUGCAGUCGAACUUGCGGAGGUGGCGUAACUACCCGGGCCCGGCCUUGUAUUGCGAGGAGCUCACUCACAGCGACGAAUUCUCAUUACGCAAAUUGUACCGGGACGUUAUGGGAGCACAAACUCUGCAACACUGAGAAAUGCCCUCCGGGCAGCGAGGAUUUCACCGACGUCCAGUGUUCUGCCUUCAACAACCGAUUGAUGGGCAAUGGACGGCGAGUUGCCAAGUGGUUUGCAGAAGAACGCCACACACCUAAACGAAAUCCGUGUGAACUAAGGUGUAGAUCGCAAGAUUCUACAAUGAUCUUCAGUUUUGGAAAGAUGGCGGAUGGCACUUCGUGCGGCUAUUCCAAGACAUGCGUCAACGGGAGGUGUAAGGACGUGGGAUGUGAUGGUAUCAUAGAAUCAGGAGUACGUAUGGACGAGUGUGGCGUUUGCGGAGGCAGGAAUUUAACAUGCGUUCAGGUGCAGCAGAUGUCUUCUACGCAAGGAGAACUGUACAAAUACAUGGCCGUGACUAUCAUUCCGCGUGGCGCCACUAACAUUCGUGUUGAAGAUGACAGCCACAAUGUGCUGACUCUAUGGGACCACUGGCCCAGCCGUUCGAUAUCGCCAAACAAAGGCAUCAGCAACAAAACGAUUCACUGGGAAUCACGAAAACUGGAUGGCGGCACUUCGACCAUUCUUGCCGGGGGUACGAGCUUCACCCACGAGAUGGCCGAAAAUGGCAGCGAAGCCCUCACAGCUGUCGGCCCCACAAUGAAGGCGGUCACGCUCGCGGUAUACAUGGUUAAGAAGGCCAAUUCCAGCGUUCGGUACCAGUACUGGGUUCCAAAGGAAGACAACAUGUUGCAGAGUAACGUGGUGGAGCCCCCGAGUUAUCUUGUUCAGAGAGCCGAAGCUACAACGGAGCCUCUUGCUACGGUACACCAUUACCGGAGGGCUCGGGUCUAUGCAGAGCCACUCGAAAGCAACGCCAUUCCGUUCAUCACAGAUGAAGCGGCAAACACCACUAGCACAGAUGAUGUCUCACAGACUCCCGCAAUCAGGCAUAAAGCAGCUAAAACAUGGCACAAACCUAACAAGGACAACAAAAAGAAACGAAAGUGUCUCGUGUGCCAUCGUCCGAAAAACCAAGUGCGCCAUUUUUGCAAGAGCGACGUUGUGAUGCAAGCCAAAGUGCUAUCAGCGGACUUCGUGGACGGCUACCUGCGCUACGACGUGGCCGUGUCCCAGUCCUACCGCAACCUGUUGGACCUGCAGCCGCGCGAAUACCUGUGGGCGCGAAACAGCCGCUGCGCGUGCCCCAGGCUGCGCGUGGGACGAGAGUACGUGAUCAUGGCGCACGAACAGCGCAACUACGCCGCCAAGGAGUCCAAGUUGGUGGUCGACUCCCGGUCGUUCGUGCGACGCUACACCGAACGACGCCAUCGUCAGCUCACCAGACUGCGCAAGCUCCAGGGUCGAAAGUGCAACCUGACUACGUGAAACCGCAGUUUCAUCCAGCCGAACGCAGCUGGUGUGUGUGUGAUGCCGAGUGGAAGCCGGUAACUACUAGUGACACAGCUGCGAGUGCAGUGACUUCCAGUGCAGAAUAAGUUGCCCACAAUAGCUUCCUUGCGCAUACCGGAAGCACAGACACGGUGAGCCUGUGGGCGUGUGACUCAGAAUCGAGAAAGUGAAUGCUUGUGGGCCGUUGGUGAAGGUGACACAGAUGCCCCGAAGUAUUCCCUGUAGUAAUUGGGCGUGCCCUUCAAGCGUACUGGUUGGGUGGCUUAAAAACGACGGACCAGCAUUGGUGCACAAGAAUGUCUCGCGAGGAACCAUUUCUGUGCAUUAAGUCAGCAUCGACAUUCAAACAUCGACUCGAGACGAGCGAAAUCGCAGCAUGCGUUCUCUCACAGGCCUAAUCUCACUCUUUCGCUCCCUCGAAUGUUCACUUAGAGCUGAAUUGUUUUGUUGCAUAACGUUCUGACAGACAAUCGCAAACGAAUUCUCUAGCAGAUGAAGAAUGAGAACUUUGUUCUUUUCACUAUCCCGGUAAGUUUAGUCUUGAGCAGUUUAUUCCCCUGAUUAAGUUAAAUCAUUUGUAGUGAACAUUUUCACAGGCAGCAUUCUAUCAAAUACUUGUUGCCGAGUCGUCUGCCUUCCCCGGGAAUGUUGUUCAGUAUUCAGAGAAGUCCUGCGGCAGGGUUUCUUUAUAUUCAUAUCAAUGUUACUACACCAAAGACAUAUUUUUAUCCCGAUGAUGUUCUCUAAAAAGUACCAAAUGUUAACUCUUUUUGCACGCAAUGCAAACAUUUACAAUGACGAAGAUGCAAUUGCUACGAUUCCAUUUUUUUUUCGUGAAUAACUGUGUUGUACAUUGCAAUGUUAUUGAUGUUCUCAGAAGUUAUUUUUGUCAUCUUUAUUGCCUACAUAUGUGCGUUAACGACCCUUGCAGUCUUUUCACAUUUCACAGGUUUGCAAAAAAGAACACCAGUUCUACUUUACACACUUGUCCGGUUAUUUAUUGAUCUCCUUGCUUAAGAUUAUACAAGUCACCCACCUAGUGGAAAUGUUUUGAUACCUUUCUAUUCUUCUAUGUGUCUUUAUUAUUGAAAGUUGUAUGUGUCAAGGUGUUCGUUGUUCGCCACUCCUUGUACAGAAAUGUACGCCUGUCUGAGCGAAAACUAUGCCUUCGUUUUUCAAAAAGAAAAUAGUCCGUUGUUUGUCUGAA